UGGCCGCCGCGGGCGGGUGUCGGCGCGCGUGCGCACUGGGGUCUCGGAGCUGCAGGCGGGAGGUUGGGGGAGGGGAGCGAGCUGGAGCGCCGCGGAGCUCCUGCCGCCGCCGCAGCUACCGCCGCAGUGAAGAGGCCAUGUUGUGUGGUGUGUGGGGCGGGGGGAGGAGGAGGAGGGAGUAAAGCCGAGCGAGGAGACGGGAGAGACACCACACACGGCACAAGAUGGCCGGAGAGGCAGCAGCAACCCCAGCUGUCAGGCGGCCUGCCGCGGCUCAUGGGCUCGCCGCUGCGCGGAGAGCAGUACCCCGGCCUCCCGGAGGGCUCUGGGAUAGCGAAGAGGCCGCGGCUAAGGCUUGGCGGCCGCGAGCGAAUGGGGGAGCUCGCGAAAGAGGCGCCCGGGGAGGCCGGGCCCACGACGCCCGUGGCUCCGCUGCGGUAGCGGCGGUGCUGGUGGCGCGCGCGGCCGGGAGGCGGCUCGCGCCGUGGGCGGGAGGCUGCGGCGGGCGACCCGUCCUGGACACUCGAGAAAGAGCGAGCCAGUGGCGCCUGCGGCCGCGCUACGACCCGGUGAGUAGUCCCCCUGAUCCCUUUAUUGUCCUUUGUCCUUGGGAGGAAAAGCACGACGUCCUUGAGCGCGGGCGGGAGGGGCGGCGGAUUGGCUGCUGGCUCUGCACACGCAGCCCCGGGCACUGCCGCGGAGGGCCGAUGCCACCGGAGCACCGGGUCGGGCCACCGCGUUCCCGCUGCACACCCAACCAGGCGCCGCGCUGCGGUCUGAGCCAGCGGGGAGAGGGCGGCGGCCGCGCCGUGGAACCCUUGUUUGCUCCGAAAAGGACAAGUUACAGGAGUGCAUCUAGUAUUUCAAAAAAUGACGACGGCAACUAGGCGGUUUAAAGGAAGUAACUUACAAGAUGAUAAUAAAUGUGGUUGCCGAUGAUUCUGAAUAAACUCAGCUUUUUUCUCAGGUGUGCCAUUUUGAAGAUUGAGACAAUAGAGUUUUAUCUUUAAGAAUAAAAGGAGAGCCCUUGGGAAAUUCUGUAUUGUACAUAGCAAAAAUGUGAAUCCUCAGAUGGAAUGAAAGGCCUACACCAUAGACAUCGAAGCAUUUACACCGAGCUUGAAGAGUUUGAAAUGGACUUUACCACUGAGAAAUCAAGAUGGCAGCCCAUUAUGGGGAAUUGAGGAAAAUGGAUUAAUGCAAGAAUGCUGUGAUAUUACACAACCAACACAGGAUUCUUUUAAUAUGGAUUCCAUGAAAUGAAUGAUUCUUGCCCAACACAAGUGGACAGUGGAAUUUACUUCCUAAAGACUUGUUACAAUAUCAUGUACAUUUUUGACAAUCUGGAGAAGAUUCUGCAUUUCUACAAAUGGUAGUUUGUAUUCCUGGAAUUUCUUGCACUUUGAUCUGAGUGACCUUAUGCAAUGUUAACUUUAAUAAAAUCUCUAAAACUUAAAAAUUUCUCAGUUUGGGCCAUUUAUAAAAUUUUUUUUUCAGUGGACCUUUCAUUAAAUGUUUAUUUCACCUUGAUAACAUUUUGACCUUUAGAGUUGAUUUUCAUUAAAGUAUACUGAAUAAAACUGGUAAAAUGGAAUGUUUUUC